AUGUUGUUGGCUGAGCAGCGGCAGAAGCAGAAGUGGGCUGUGAAUAUUCAAAACACUACCUGGAGUAAUGCUGAUUCUAAGUUUGGCCAGAGGAUACUAGAGAAGAUGGAGUGGUCUAAAGGAAGGGGUUUAGGGGUUCAGGAGCAAGGAGGCCCAGAUCAUAUUCAAGUUCAAGUUAAAAAUAACCACCUGGGACUUCAAGCUACAAACAAUAAUGAAGCCAACUGGAUUGCCCAUCAAGAUGAUUUUAACUGGCUUCUGGCAGAACUGAACACUCACCAGAGGCAGGUAACAACAGACUCCUUAGACAACAAGAAAAAGAAAUCUUUUAGUCUUGAGGAAAAGUCCAAAAUCAUCGAAAACUGUGUUCAUCAUAGGAAAUUUACAAAAGAAAAGGAUCUAUCAUCUCAGAGCAAAACAGAUCUUGACUGCAUUUUUGGGAAAAGACAGAGUAAGAAGACUCCCAGGGGUGAUUCCAGUCCCUCCACUCGACAGAACGAAACCACGAUGACAAUCCAUGCUUUCACCAUCCAGGAGUGUUUUGCCAAGCGAAUGGCAGCCCUGAAGAACAGGCCCCAGGUCGCAGCUCCAGGAUCUGACAUUUCCAAGACCCAAGUGAAAUGCAAAAGGGGAAAGAAAAGAAACAAAGAGGCAACAGGUAAAAAUGGGGAGAGUUACCCCCCCACCCAGUCUAAGGCCAAGCGGCCUAAAGAGGGAAAGCCUAAGAGAGACAAGGUUCAGGAGCCGGGGUCCAAGGUGAAAAGAGCACGGGCAGAGGGACAGCGCAGAGGCCCCUGCUGGGACGAGAGUUCUGAGGCCUCUGCUCAGGGUGCAGGGAAUUGUGUGCAGCCACCCGAUGGCCAGGAUUUCACCCUAAAGCCCAAAAAAACAAGAGGAAAAAAAAGUGCAAAGCCAGUAGAGGUAGCAGUGGACACUACGCUGAAAGAAAAAACAAAGAAAGAGAAGAAAGGAAGAAAGGCUCUAAAUGAAUUCUCUCCAACCAGGACUUUCCGACCACUCAGCUGUCAGGGUGCUGCCAGAGCAGACACCUCUGGCCUGAAGUCAGAGCAGAGUUCACCCCAGAGAGCUGGGGCACAUCUUGUCACAUGCCCAUGGGUGGCCGAGUCUUGCCCUCUCACCAUGUUUCUCCCCAAAUUAUGUUCCCAGGAGGGCUUUGUUUUUUAA